AGAAGCUGCGCCCCGUUCCCCGGCGGCGGCGGGACCCGCUGGGCUCGGCACAGGGUUCGGCCUUUGGGAAUGGGGGAGGAGGAGGAGGGAGGGAGGAAGAGGCCGAGGGACAGCAGGAAACAGCUGGAGCAGGAGAGAGGGAAUCCUGAAGUCGUUGCAGCCCCGGGAUCAUUGUCCCGCAUCCCGCAGGAUUUGCCAUUGUCAAGCCCUGGGAGGCUGCGAGGAAGAGGAAGAUGCCCCUGGACACUGCGGCAGAGCAGGUGCUGAGCAUGGAGAGGAGGUAGGACAAAUCCCCGCGGCAGAACCUGGUGGAAGAGGCCGUUUUGAGCGGCUCCACGGCGCAGGAACCCAGCGAGGAGGAAAAGCCCUGGAGAUCCCGCACGAGGAGGGGCUGCAAACGCAGGUCGCAGGGAUCUGAGAGUGAAAGACCCAGCCUGGGCCAGGAAGGCGGCCGGAGAUCGAGCCAGAGCUCGGAGCUGGUGGUCAAUGAGCAGGUUCAAAAUGGGGAGAAGCCCCAUAAUUGCUUGGAAUGUGGGAAGAGCUUCAGGUGGAACUGCCACCUGAUUGAGCACCAGAGAAUCCACACUGGAGAGAGGCCCUAUGAGUGUGGGGAGUGUGGGAAGAGCUUCAGCUGGAGCUCUAGCUUGUUCCACCACCAGAAGACCCACACUGAGGAAUGUCCCUACGAGUGUGAUUAGUGCAGGAAGAGGUUUGAGACCAGCUCUGGUCUCCUCCAGCACCAGCGCACGCACACAGAUGAGAGGCCGUUCCGCUGCUCGGACUGCGGGCAAGGCUUCAGGCACAACUCCCAUCUUGUCAUGCACCGACAAAUCCACACUGGGGAGAGGCCCUAUGAGUGUGAGGAAUGUGGGAAGAGCUUCAGCCGGCGCUCUACCCUGAUCCGCCACCGGAGGACCCGCACUGGGGAACGGCCCUACAAGUGUGGGGAGUGUGGGAAGAGCUUCAGACAGAGUGGCGGCCUGAUUCAGCACCAGAACAUCCACACUAAGGAUCGGCCACACAGGUGUGGGAAAUGUGGGAAGAGCUUCAAACAGCAUUUCUUCCUUAUCGUCCACCAAAAGACCCACACUGGGGAGAAACCCUACAAGUGUGAUAAAUGCAGGAAGACAUUUAAGACCAGCUCCAGUCUCCUCCAGCACUAUCAGGUUCACACAGAGGAGAGGCCCUUCUGCUGCCCUGACUGCAGGAAGGGAUUUAAGGUAAAGUGCACCCUCAUCACCCACCGGCGCAUCCACACCGGAGAGAAGCCCUAUGAGUGUGAGGAGUGUGGGAAGAGCUUCUCACAGCGCUCUCACUUGAACAAACACCAACGGAGCCACGAGUAAGGGAAGCGCUGUGAGCGCCCCAAGUGCAGAAAGAGCUUCAUGCGCUGCUCCAGCUCUAUCCCCCACUGGAGGAGCCAUGUUGGGCAGAGCCCUGGUCACCCACAUUCCCUGUGAUCCGUGUUGGGAACACACCUGGCUCCUUCUCCUUUUGGUUUGGUCUUAAUUUUUCUCUGCUCUAUCUUCAUCCCUUAAAAAAAGCCCAAACAGGUUUAAAUGAAGGAAAUUGACCAAAAAUAUUUGAAGUUCCACAAUUUCACAGGCAGUUUAGGGGAAUUUAGGACCUGGGACGCAUUCUGUGUGGGGUGCCCCUGUUGCUAAGAGGCAGGAACUUGAUCUCACCCUCCUUGUCUUGCUAAGAUCUCCUUCCUUUACCCAAACCCCAACUCCAUCCCUUGGAUACCCUAUAAAAACCCCAUGUCUCUGCCUUUGCCCUGUCUUUUGGGGGUCAGAAAUGGAAUUCUGGAGCUUUCUGACACCAAGCACUGUCUCGUUUGUUCCUGGCACCGGCAGCUGCAGCCUCCCUGGACACCAUGAACUCUGGAGAAUGGGGACAGCCAGUGAGGACAGGUCCUGGAUUGCAAGAUAAGUGUGUGUUGUGUUUGCCAUCUGUCAGAGGUGGGGCAGUUAUCUUCUGUUCAUUGGGCAGUUU